AAAAAAUAAUGGCUAGCAAAGGAAAGUUGUGCUUCAUUGUCUCGUCGAUCUUCAUCCUGCGUUUUGCUCAAGCAGAACAAUACCACAGGAAUUUCACCAGCAAAAUAAAUGAUUCCUUCUUGUUUCCGCUUGAUCCACACGGCUUGAGUGGCCGCUACGCUGGUUUAUGGUCCAACUAUAGCGACACACAGAUCAGCCGGUAUAUUAGUUACGAGGUGUGGAUGCUGAGUUAUAACGCUGACACACCACGAUCGUUUUUCCUGGCCCUCGUUGCCAUCCGCAAUCCAACUAGCUGGGAGCUCACAAGACCGGUCAUCCUGUGGAAGGCCCGACAGACGAGGCUUGUAGGUGAGAAUGCCACUCUACAAUUUACCACAGAUGGAGAGCUUAAAGUCGAAGAAGACGGUGAUGUCGUAUGGUCCACGAAAACUGCAAACAGAGGCGUCCGGUGGCUCUGUAUGUCCAAUCGCGCAACCAUAAUGCUCCUGGAUGAAAGCGGAAGCAAUGUCAUCUGGCAAAGCAGCGACGAACCUUCUGACACUGUGCUGUUGCAACGAGCACUUACGCCGGGACAAAAGCUCGUAAGUUUCAAUACUUCAGAAGACAGCAGCGAUGGCCUCUAUAGUCUCGUCAUGGAGAAAAGCAGGCUGCAACUGUUGUACGCCUCGCAACCGUACUGGAGCUUCGGUAAUAUUGGCAGCGAGGAAAACAUGUUUGCGGUGUUUUGCUGGCAAAACGAUGGUAACGUGUCUCUGGAUCUGCGAGCCAACUUCUCACAGAUUGAAACGGAGCGUGAUGACUUGGGCUUAGUGUUUUCCUGGUCAUGUUCUAGUCGAGGUUUAAGAGACCAAGUGAUGCCGUUGAACGUAAACGGGUCACAGUUGACGUCCUCCACUUUCAUAAGGCUCACACCAGAUGGAGAUGUGGACCUGUACUCCUGGAAUUGGACGGGUAGCAGCUGGGUGACUUAUCUCAGCUUUUCCAGUCUCUUCAACUGCUUCCUUCCAAGUGCAUGCGGGAAGUAUAGAACCUGUAAUCCAGUGUCAGGUGCAUGCGAGGAAACUUGUCCCGAGAGCUUUACCAGGACAGGUCGAGAUUGCGAGCCAUUGAGUAAACUUCAGACAUUGUCAAGGGCUGUGUGA